AUGCACUCACCUCCUAGAGACCAGGCUGCCAUCAUGCUCUGGAAGCUCGUGGAGAAUGUCAAGUACGAAGAUAUCUAUGAGGACCGGCACGAUGGCGUCCCGAGUCACAGCUCCAGGCUCUCCCAGCUGGGCUCGGUGUCCCAAGGACCUUACUCGAGCGCCCCGCCGCUGUCCCACACCCCAUCGUCAGACUUUCAGCCGCCCUACUUCCCGCCCCCCUACCAGCCUCUCCCCUACCAUCAGAGCCAGGACCCCUACUCCCACGUCAACGACCCCUACUCCCUGAAUCCACUGCACCAGCCCCAGCAGCACCCUUGGGGCCAACGACAGCGGCAAGAAGUGGGUUCAGAAGCCGGCUCUCUCCUGCCCCAGCCUCGGGCCGCCUUGCCCCAGCUCUCCGGCCUCGACCCCCGGAGGGACUACCACUCGGUCCGCCGGCCGGAUGUGCUGCUGCAUUCCGCGCACCACGGCCUGGACGCGGGCAUGGGUGACAGCCUCUCGCUGCACGGCCUCGGGCAUCCCGGCAUGGAAGACGUCCAGUCAGUUGAAGAUGCCAAUAACAGCGGCAUGAAUCUAUUGGACCAGUCUGUCAUAAAAAAAGUUCCUGUUCCUCCCAAAUCUGUGACUUCUCUGAUGAUGAAUAAAGAUGGCUUCCUGGGAGGCAUGUCCGUCAACACUGGCGAGGUGUUUUGCUCGGUGCCCGGCCGUUUGUCUCUUCUCAGUUCAACUUCAAAGUACAAAGUAACUGUGGGGGAAGUGCAGAGACGGCUUUCGCCCCCCGAAUGCCUCAACGCAUCUCUCCUCGGUGGCGUCCUCAGAAGAGCCAAAUCGAAAAAUGGGGGGAGAUCUUUGCGAGAAAGGCUAGAAAAAAUCGGUUUGAAUUUACCCGCGGGCAGACGCAAAGCAGCAAAUGUCACGUUACUCACCUCCCUGGUGGAAGGAGAAGCUGUUCAUUUAGCUCGGGAUUUUGGGUAUAUUUGUGAAACGGAGUUUCCCGCCAAAGCUGUUUCUGAGUAUUUGAACCGGCAGCACACGGACCCCAGUGACCUGCACUCCCGAAAGAACAUGCUGCUGGCUACCAAGCAACUUUGUAAAGAAUUUACGGAUCUGCUGGCGCAGGACCGGACGCCCAUUGGCAACAGCCGGCCCAGUCCCAUCCUGGAGCCCGGCAUCCAGAGCUGCCUCACGCACUUCAGCCUCAUCACGCACGGCUUCGGCGCCCCGGCCAUUUGCGCCGCGCUCACGGCCCUGCAGAACUAUCUCACCGAGGCGCUCAAAGGCAUGGACAAGAUGUUCUUGAACAACACCACCACUAACAGGCACACGUCUGGGGAAGGCCCAGGUAGUAAAACUGGCGACAAGGAGGAGAAACACAGGAAAUGAAAAAUUUUUUAAAAAAAGGAAAAAUGUUUUAAAUACAAAAGGAAAACAGAAAAAUUUAAUUUUAGCUUUAAAAUAUUGGAUUGGCUUUGGAAGAAUUAUAUUAGGUAGAAUACACAUACAAUCAAAAUUUAAAAAAAAAAAAGCUAAAUAACUUUAAAAAAAAAAAACUGAGGCGUACAACGGAGCAACAAUACCGGUUCUCAGUGUCUAUUUCAAGAUACACUUGGAGACAACCGUCCGGAUUUUCCACUUCGGUUCUUACGAGCUUAGUAAUACUGAUAAUAAAAGAAAACCAUGAUUUUUUUUUCCCUUUGGAAAAUAAACAUAAGACUUAACAUGAGAAACCGCUAACUUAUUGGAAGAAAUCGGAGAAACAUUGUUGGUGUCGAUGCUUUGAGAGCUGGUUGACUGAAACGCACGAACUUUUUAAUUUUUAAUAUUUUUUUAGGAAACUCUCGCAGUCCCCAACCUUCCACCUCACCUCACCUUUCUCCCAGCCACCCUUUUCUACGUUACCCUCCCUUCCUCAAGCUGUCACGGGAAUCUUCCGGGAUGAAAAUGAGUGUGGUUAGCCCUUUUGCAUUGUGUUUCAGCCUCCUUGGUCCUCCUGCCCCCGCCCCUCCCUGCGCUCUUAACUCACCGCUGCCCAGCGCCCGGGCCCUUUGCAUAAUUAGGGAGGGUGAAGGCGGGAGGGGCGGGCGGCUCUCAACGAGAAGCUUGUCGUGGCUGCUGCUUUUGGUGCGGGCAAGCUGAGC